CUAUCUUUGCCUGUUAUCCCUGACUGACUGACGAUCUCCUCUUUCCUCUAUCCCUUUGUAGAUUAUGUAUCUUAAUUGUGUGUCUACGAUACGCACAGGUCUAACUUUAACUUGUACAUCUGUUGUAAUUCGGAACGAUCAUGGAAAAUCAUGUCGAAAGCUUAGAAACAAGGUAUGGAGAAUAUUGCAUGCGGCAUGGAGUGUCACCUAAUUGGGCAAUAUCAUCAGCAUUUAGUAAGGCUGAUGCUCAGAAAGUAGGCAACCAACGUGACAACUUUGUCAUCUUAUUGGACAACCUGACAGAAACUGAUAUCAUUCCACUCAUUGAUAUCUUCCUGGAGAUGGACGCUUGUGAAAUUCAGGAAGUUGAUAUAUUCCAGGAUUCCACCACAUGUAUUAGUCAUAAACUUGGGGUGAUUAAAGUCCAGGGCAUGUCAUUUGGGAAGGAAUUUCUAUGGGAUCUUUCUCAAAGAGGGUUGGCAUGCCAAGUUUUAAACAUAAGAUCUUCACGCUUGCAGAGACUUAGUAUGGUUGGGAGCUUCAUGCAGAUGCACACACUUAAACUGGAUUUCAGCAAUUCACUUGUUGUUUUGGGGGAGGAAUGUUUUACUUGUAUGCCAAAUUUGAAGUGUCUUUCAUUGUGUGAGACAAGAAUCACAAACCUCUGGACAACCGUUGCUGCAUUAUUGAAGCUCCCUUCUCUAGUGGAACUAUGUUUCCAGAAUUGCAUUUUUUGUGAUGAAAAUGGGUCAAGUAUUAUAGUACCAAUGGGUGAACAAAAUACUAGUUCAGGUCAACCUUCCAAUGAUAAUGAUCAGUUAAACAUAGAAGUAAGGGACAUUGUUAGUGAAGUUCAAUGUACAUCAGAAGAGGCAUGGAAUAAUACUGAAUUUGGUUUUCCAAAUAGCCAUCAAGAACCUACAGUUCUGGAAACCUCGUCUGGUGUAUAUUAUGGGUUGAAUAGGCUGAUUGAUCUGCAACAUCAGAUUUUUCUUGAAGCUUGGAAGAUGCAAAAUGAAGAGUUCUCAACUUAUUCCAGUUCUACACUCAUCUCAUCUGUUGGGACAAAGAACUAUAUUUCCAAUCAUCCUUCACCAAUAUGCUAUGAAAAGUAUUAUAGAGAAUAUAUGAUUGUUUCCUUAUCGAACUUGAAGGUUCUGGAUAAUUUGCCUAUCACAAAGAUUGAAAAGGAUAGAGCAUGUAGUAUAUUCUCUCAGCAUUUUGAGUAUCUCGCAUAUAGAAGAAAGAACAGAGAGAAUUUAACUAGUAUCUUGCAUAUGCGCGAACUAAGAGCAAAAUGUGCAAAAUUUGUUAACCAGAAACUAAAACCACAUUGCACUUUAGCCAAGUCUCAGUCUUUCUACACCAGGUCUCUGUCUGCUGCAAAAUUGGAUGCUUCUCCUUGGCCUCUAUUGCAUCCAAUAUCUGUUUUGAGCAGCACAGUGGGAAAUGAUAAUAGGAGCUUCCGUCCUAGGCAGUUUGAGUAUCAUCCUUCUGAUCCCAGCCUGAUGGCAUGUGGUACUCUGGAUGGGGAAGUAGUUAUCAUCAAUCAUGAGAAUGAGAAAAUUGUUUGUUACAUCCCCUCACUUGGAGCAAUGAAUAGUGUGCUCGGAAUAUCCUGGCUCAAAAAAUAUCCCUCCAAGCUAAUUGCUGGUUCGGACAAUGGUUCCCUGAAACUGUAUGAUAUCAAAGAUUUAAGAGAUGGAAAUAGCCAUUCUAUCAGCCAACCUGAGACCUUUGAUGAGUUUGAUCAACUCACAUCUGUGCAUGUCAACUCAACUGAUGAAUGGUUUCUUGCCAGUGGAUACUCACAAGAUGUUGCUUUGUAUGACAUCCAGACUAGAAGACGUUUGCAAAUUUUCUCUGACAUGCACAGACAACAUAUUAAUGUUGUUAAGUUUGCAAAUCAUUCUCCAUACCUCUUUGCCACUUCUUCAUUUGAUCAGGAUGUUAAGAUGUGGGAUCUUAGACAAAAACCAACUAAUCCUUGCUAUAGGGCAACAAGCUCUAAAGGAAAUGUGAUGGUUUGCUUCUCUCCAGAUGAUCAAUAUCUUCUUGUAUCAGCAGUCGAUAAUGAGGUUAAGCAAUUAUUGGCCGCUGAUGGGAGGCUUCAUCUAGAUUUUAAAAUAGCUCCAACUGGGAGUUCCCAAAAUUACACGCGUUCUUAUUACUUGAACGGAAAAGAUUACAUUGUUAGUGGAAGUUGUGAUGAAAAUGUAGUGCGAGUUUGUUGUGCACAAACAGGAAGACGGCUAAAGGAUGUAGCACUAGAGAGUAAAGGUGCAGGAGUUUCAAUGUUUGUACAAUCCUUGAGAGGCGAUCCUUUUAGAGAUUUCAAUAUGAGUGUGUUAGCAGCCUAUAUUCGUCCAAGCUCAAACUCUGAGAUAGUGAAGGUGAAUCUGCUCUCCUCUGCUGAAAAUGCUAAAGAAUACUCGGAUUGCGAGCAUAUUCGCCCUUUCUAUAGUAGGGGAGGUUGAU